CCUCUGUAUAUCUGCAUUUCCUGCCUAUCUAAACUCCAAAAACAACAACGCUAUCGAGCGGUCAGGGAACCUAAAAAGCGGCCGGAAGUCUAAAAGCCGAUCGAAGACCAAGCCUGACUCGUCGACCAUGAGCGAUACGUGGCAGCCACAGCCUGCGCUACUUAAUGAGGUGGUGGCGCUCCUACAGGCCUACAUGGUGCCCAACAACCAGGUGCAGCGCGAGUCCUACCAGCGUCUGCAGCAGUUCCAGAAGAACCUUGAGUUUAAUCUCUACCUGGUUCAUUUGCUCUGCUCCGCACAAGCCGAGCCCAACGUGCGCCAGCUGGCCGGACUUCUGCUCAAGCGUAAUAUCAAGGCCCGCGACGCCAGCGCUGUGCUCACCCCCACCGAGGCCGAAAUCCUCGCCGUUAUCCGCGCGCAGACGUUGCGAAUUCUGGCCGACCCGCUGUCUCCCAUCCGCAACGCGGCCGGCUCCAUCGUCACCACUUUUGUGUCCCAAUACACUUUCCUAGACGAGUGGCCCGAGCUCAUGCCCGCGCUACAUGCGCUUCUGGAGCAGCAGGACGAGAACGCCUUGGCUGGAGCUUUCGGUGCGCUUGUCAAGAUCUGCGAGGACUCGGCGGCCAAGCUCGAGAAUUCGCCUAGCCGCCCACUCAACGUGCUGGUGCCCAAGCUGCUUCAGUAUUUCCACCACCAGAAUGCCAACUUUCGUCGUGACGCGCUGGAGUGUCUCAACAACGUGCUGAUCUACAUGCCCGUGGGCCUUGUGGUGCAGAUGGAGAACUUCCUGGCCGGGAUCUCACUGCUCACUCAGGACCCGUCCAACGACGUACGUAGGCUCGUGUGCAAGAGUAUCGUCAUCUUGCUGGAGGUGGGCGUGCAGUAUCUCGUGCCCCACCUUGACAGCAUCAUCCAGUUCAUCCUGCGGGCCAACCAGGACGAGGACGAGAACGUAGCCCUCGAGGCGUGCGAGUUCUGGGCAUCUUUCUGCGAUCUGCGUGAGUUCAACGACAUUAAACCCAUGUUGCAGCCGUAUCUGGCCCAGAUUGUGCCGCUGUUGUUUCAGCGCAUGGUGUACAGUGAGGAAGACUUGGCCAACUUCGAGGCAGAGGAACAGAACCAGAAUGAGAACGUGCCCGACCGACCUGAGGACAUCAAGCCCAUUUUUCAUCGCAAGGCCGGCGGUGGCCACGAAGGAGGCGGCCUCGAUGACGACGAUGACGAUGAGGACGACGAUUAUGACGAUGACGAUGACGACUCGAUGCUGGAGUGGAACUUGCGUCGUUGCUCGGCCGCAAGUCUCGACAACCUGGCCAAUGGCUACGGGAAUGACAUUCUUCCGACACUGUUGCCUCUACUGCAGGAGCGUUUGGCACAGGAGCAGCCAUGGCCACUUGUGGAGAGCGGCAUCUUGGCGCUUGGAGCUAUCGCCGAUGGUUGCUACAACGGUAUCACUCCUCACCUGCCACAAUUAUACCCGUUCCUACUGCAGAAACUAGAGGACCCCGCCCCGCUUAUCCGUAGUAUCACGUGCUGGACGCUGAGUCGCUACGCUACGUGGGUCGUUGAACAGGGCAACCACGAAAUGCUGUUUAAGCCUCUUGUGGAGGGUAUGUUGAAGCGCAUUCUCGACCCACACAAGAAGGUGCAGGAGGCAGCAUGCUCUGCGUUCUGCACGCUAGAAGAGGAAGCUCGCGAGGAGCUGGUGCCGUACCUGACGCCUAUUCUACAGAACCUCAUGUUUGCUUUCGGCAAGUACCAGGCUAAAAACCUGCUGAUCUUGUACGACGCCAUCGGAACGCUUGCAGACUCGAUCGGUGAACAUCUGAACCACUUGGAGCUGAUCAAGAUCCUCAUGCCUCCGCUUAUUGCCAAGUGGAACGCCCUGGAAGACCGCAGUCGCGAGAUCCUCCCGCUGUUUGAGUGCUUGGCGCCCGUGGCUCAGGCACUGGGCAACGGCUUCCAGGAGUUCGCCAUGAACGUGUACGUUCGUUGUCAGCGUAUCGUGGAGAAUGAGCUGUUAGCCGACGCCAUGUCGGAGCAAAGUCCCAACGAGUUCGACGAGGGCGACCCGGAGCUCAUUGUGUGCGCUCUGGAUCUGAUCUCGGGCAUGAUCGAAGGUCUGCAGAACAACAGCGAGGCGCUGUUGAAUGGCUCCAAUAUCCUGAAUGUGCUUAUGAGCUGCGUGCGUCACGACGUGAUGGACGUGCGACAAAGUGCCAUGGGCGUAGUGGGCGACCUGGCCAAGCACGCGCCGAACAUUCUCCGUCCCAGUCUUGGAGAUCUGCUGCCGGUGUUGAUCGAGAACAUCGAUCCGGACCUUGCUACUGUAUGCAACAACGCCAGCUGGUCGGUGGGCGAGAUCGCUAUUCGCAUCGGAGCCGAGAUGGAGCCGUACGUCGAGAACUGCUUGGGCCGCUUGAUCAGCAUGAUCAACCGCCCCAAGCUGCCUCGUAACUUGGUGGAGAACUGCGCGAUCACGAUCGGCCGACUCGGAUACGUGUGCCCGAACGUGGUGGCGCCCCACUUGCAUGAGUUCGCGAAGCGCUGGUGCCGCGCUCUCGCUCACGUCCGCGCACCAGAGGAGAAGGAGCACUGCUUCUUAGGCCUGUGCUACAUGGUCAAGGCGAACCCGAACGGCAUCGUCGCUGACUUUAUGUUCAUGUGUGGUGCCAUCGCUUCUCUUGAAGGUCAGCAGAUCCAGAACGCGGAACUGAAGGAUAUGUUGUACCAGAUCGUGCACGGCUUCAAGUCGAGUCUGGGCGAGAACUGGGCCGCGUACUUUGCGAGCUUCCCGGAGCCUUUACGACAGUUCCUAACCACUCGCUUCAACUUGUAGAAAGCGAGCAACUGUGGAGGGGGCACCAAAAUGACGAAGUAGAUGGGGGAAGAUGACCACAAAACGUAGGCUACGAAGCAGAAGCAGCUAGCGCCAAAGGUAGAAAUUAGGAGUCGGUCACGGUAGGAGUAGUAGUAGGCAGUAGUUAGUAGUUAGUCGAGCGAGUAGGACCGGUAGAGAGUACUUCUUGAAGUAGUAGAUAACCGAUCGACCCCCUUGCGAGAAGGUUGUAGGUAGCAAUGGAAGUACAUUCACGUGCAAA